AUGUUGAGAGGUUGUAUAUCUCUUAUUAAAUUGCCUGUAGGCAUGAAGGAGUUGAUUAAUUUGCAUCAUCUUGAUGUUAGUGGAACUAAAAUUGAAGAGGUGCCAGUGCAAAUGGGUAAACUGAAAAGUUUGAGAACAUUGACUGCAUUUGUUGUGGGAAAAUCUACUGGGUCAGGCAUAAGAGAACUGAGGGAGUUCCCACAGCUUCAAGGAAAACUAUCAAUUUUGAAGCUACAAAAUGUAGUUGAUGCGAGGGAUGCACGACACGCCAAUAUGAAGCACAAGAAAGAUCUCAAGGAGUUAGAGUUUUCAUGGGGUGCGGAGGAUGCUGAUGAUUCCCAAAAGGAGAAAGAUGUACUCAACAAGCUCCUACCUUGUGUGAAUUUGGAGAAUUAA